GUUCACUAUCGAGAAGCUUGAGAAGAACGGCGCUGAGGAGUUCCUCGGCGAAGAUAUUGCUGACCCCCUUGUUGCGUUUCGAUGGCACGGGCGCGUGAGACGUGUGUUCGAGAAUCUUACGGUCCUAGAUAGAGAGUGGGCUGAUCUGGAAGUAAUGCUUUUGCAGAGCCAUGCGUACGAGUGGUGGAAACGCACCACUCGGAACACGGACCACUUAGCCCAACCGACAUGGGCGUAUUUCGAUCGAGUGUUCAGGGCUGAAUACAUUCCCGAUUCGUUCGUUGAAGAGAAACAGGAGGAGUUUAUGCAUCUAGGAAGAGACAUUGCGACAUUUGGUCAAGACUUGGUGAACACCAGCAAGAGACAUUGCGACAGGUUUGUUAAGGGCAUGCGCCCAAAGCUUCAGGAGUACAUGUCCCUGACGUCAAGGCAAGAUUUUGGCUUGAUGUACGAGCAGGCAAAGGAGGUGGUUAGAACCAAGGAAGGUUGGAAGGUGGAGACUGUUCAGAAACCUGCGAAGCCGGCGGCACCCAGGACAUAUGCCAUGCAGGGUCGUGCAGAUCCCAUCCUGGAUGUUAUCCAUGGUAUGUUCUCACUCUAUAGUUCUGAUAUGUUAGCUUUGAUUGACCCUGGCUCUACCUUUUCAUAUAUUUCUGUGCCUCGACCCGCUACUUCUCAUGCUGUGAGAAGUCGACUAGAGAGUCCAAUGCUGGUGUCCAAUCCUUUGGGUCACAGCAUGAGUUUACAUUACGUCUACUGCCAAUGCACGUUGACUGCACACGGGCAGUUGUUUCCCGCAGAUCUGAUCGAGCUUCUAUAUAAGGAAUCUGACAUCAUCUUUGGUAUGGACUGGCUCACUGAACACCAGGUCGUUGUUUACUGUGGUUUGAGGACCGUUCGGUUGAAAGCAUCAGACAGCAAUACGAUCGUGUUGAACAGAGAGUUUUUGCCCUGAACGCCUCAAUUUAUCUCUCUUAUGAAAGCAAAGCGGUUGAUCGGUA